AUGUGUAUGACCGCUUCUAAAACUGGGGUAAAGGAACAAACCUUCGUUACAAUACAGUUGCUUGUGGGGUCCCAUCGGAUUCAACGACCCAACCGGGUUUAUAACCACUGCGUAUUUAGGGUCCACGAAACUCAUGAUAAAUCUACGCCUGGCAAUAUGUUUCGCCACAUAGUAUCAUAUAGACGGUCUCUUGUGUUGAUACUGUGCACGAUAUUGUUUUUGGAGGCUCAAGCUGAUUCAGAUAUAUGCAAGAUAUGUACUUGCAAUUCACUUACAACAAAAAUAAAUUGUGACAAUCGCAAUCUAGCAUCAAUUCCACAACCAAUUCCGACGAAUGUUGAAUAUUUAGAUCUGCAGGAUAACAAUAUUGCAACCAUCCAAGAAGGUGUAUUCACGGGGCUUAAGAAUUUAAAACAAUUACAUCUUUACGACAAUAAAAUUUCGAGGAUUGAAAAAGAGAUGUUUCAAGGCCUUCAGAACUUACAGGAAUUAAUUCUGUGGAACAACAAAAUUUCAACCAUCGAAGAAGAUGUAUUCACGAGGCUUUCCGAUUUAACGUCAUUAGAUCUUGACGGCAACGACAUUUCGACCAUCAAAGAAGGUUCCUUCAAUGGGCUUUCGAAUUUAACGAAAUUAGAUCUGCGAAGGAACAACAUUGCAACCAUCAAAGAAGGGACCUUCACGAGGCUUUCGAAUUUAAACUACUUAUAUUUGCAAAACAACCCCAAUAGAAAAAAAUAUGAAGAUGGCGCUUUCUUAUUCCUUCGCAGCAUAGUUGAAAUAAGAAAAGAAGUUCUUUUGUUAUAG